AGGCUCCCAUUGAUGUUCCUGUUACUUCCGAUGAUUUUUGGCUGCUUUCCAAAAAUCGUGCCUUUUCGCUUCCAAGCCCAUUUCAUAAUAAAGGAAACUAUGUCAUAAGCGCUUGAUGGGUGUCCUUCUGUAUGACAUUUUUCAUGCGAGCAGUGAAGCGAUUUCAGUUGCCCUAGCAAAUAUGUAAGAGUUAAAGCACUAGAUGGGGAUCCCCACUUACAGUUUGAGUCAGUUAGUACGUUGGUUGGGGCAGAAAGCUGAAGAACUAGGAGUUGAAAUAUACCCUGGUUUUGCUGCUAGUGAGAUUUUAUUCAACGAACACAAUGAAGUUACUGGUAUUGCUACUAAUGAUAUGGGAGUGGCUAAAGAUGGUUCCAGAAAAGAGAACUACCAGCGUGGUGUUGCAUUGAAGGGGCGUGUUACACUCCUAGCAGAAGGAUGUAGAGGAUCUUUAUCAGAGAAAGUAAUCAAGAAGUACAACUUGAGAGAGAAAGGGCAGGGACAACAUCAGACCUAUGCUUUAGGAAUUAAAGAGGUCUGGGAGAUUGAUGUAGAAAAACAUCAGCCUGGUUCUGUGCUUCACACACUUGGUUGGCCUUUGGACCAGAAGACCUAUGGAGGUUCCUUCUUGUACCAUAUGAAAGACAGACAGGUUGCUGUCGGCUUUGUGGUUGCUCUAAAUUAUCACAACCCUUUCUUGAAUCCUUACGAGGAAUAUCAGAGGUUUAAACGUCAUCCUGCUAUAAGACCGCUUCUUGAGGGCGGAAUUGUUCUCCAAUAUGGUGCUCGGUGUUUAAAUGAAGGAGGUUAUCAGUCUAUUCCAUAUCCAGUUUUCCCUGGUGGAGCAAUUAUAGGAUGCUCAGCUGGCUUCUUAAAUGUACCAAAGAUUAAGGGAACUCACACAGCUAUGAAAUCAGGAAUGCUAGUGGCAGAAUCUGUAUUCAGUACGCUCCAAGAAGGCUUGAAGAUUGAAAAUUUUUGGGACAAUUUACGAAGUUCAUGGAUAUGGGAAGAACUAUAUACUGCAAGGAACUAUCGUCCUGCAUUUGAGUAUGGGCUCUAUCCUGGUUUGGCUAUAAGCGCCGUAGAGCAUUACAUACUCAAGGGAAGAUCUCCAGUCACUCUAAAGCAUGGGAAACCUGAUCAUGAAGCUACAAGUGAAGCACAAGUAUUCUCACCAAUUGAGUACCCGAAGCCAGAUGGCGCUGUAACUUUUGAUGUACCGACCUCUCUAUACAGGAGCAACACAAAUCAUGAUCAUGACCAACCAUCUCAUCUUCUUCUGAAAGAUCCUACAGUUCCAGAAAAUGUCAACUUGCCCAAGUAUGCUGGACCUGAGGCACGAUAUUGUCCUGCACGAGUUUAUGAGUACAUACCGGAUGAGACGGGUGACUUAAAGUUACAGAUCAAUGCUCAAAACUGCUUGCACUGCAAGGCCUGCAGUAUUAAAGAUCCGAGACAGAAUAUCGAAUGGACAGUUCCAGAAGGUGGAGGCGGCCCAGGUUACACAAUCAUGCCAAGAUAUUUUUGAUAAUGGGCGACCAUCUUAUUUAUGUGACUAUCUCAUCUAAAAGUCAAUUGUCAGAGAAGACACAUGUUUGCAUACUAAAAUAACAUUUGCUAAUCAAGAAUACUUCCUGAGAUAUAUUCCAUACGAGUUCAUUUUGAAGGAAGACAGAUAUUGGGUUAUCGUUCAUUCUCAAUUCCAACUUCAAAUUUGUCUGCAUAUAUUGACUGGAAACACUAAUGUACGAUGGUUUGGCUUGACCCAAGCUUUUAAUGAUUUUGUUCUUUUGACGUGUUGGGGACUGAAUAUUGUGAGCUUUGACUUACGGAUCAAUAUAUCCAAUAGUAAAAGCGAAAACGAGAACAAGGUCAUGAAUAGAGAAUUUCAUUCUUUUUUUGGUAAA